CUGUUUUUGUUCAGUCCUGCCAAGUCGUCAGCUGAGCUCACGUGUUCACUUCACUACUGUACAGCGUUGCAAGCGCGCUCGUGACAAUUAAAUGUAUCCACUUGAAGCGGUUUUUGUCAGAUUUUAUUUUUUAAAUACAAUACUCGACAAAUAUGUUUUCGCAGUUACCACACAGCUAAUCUACUACGACAUAACGAUUGAUUCUCUGAAUUGUAUGGUAAAAUAUUACUUAUAACUCAUCUGUAAGUAGCUGAAAUGCGAAGCUGUCGUGUAGCUUAAAUAAUGAUUUGUUUACAGUGGCUAUUUUUGCCCGGCGGAACGCGGGGUUUUUGUAGUGCUGCGUGAUUCCUACCAGCUGUUUCCCGCCUUGAAAGACACCCGAUCAGCUGCAAAUACACACACAUACACGUACAUGCAGAAGGAGGGAGGGAGACGGGGGAGGGAGGUUGAGAAAGAGAAAGAGCGCCACACACUACGAGGGAACCCCAUCAGCUGGAAGUAGAGUAUCAUUACAACUCUUCACGCUCCGCAGACGUUGCGUUCGUAUGCAAACAACUGCAAAUUCAAUCGCACAGUCUGAAUUGUUCUUAUUAAAUGCGCAAUUGCUCGCGAAUACACAGCAGAAAAGAGCGACGAUUCAUAAUAAACGAAGUGUUAGGAAAAAUCGCGGACUCAAAGCUGGAGAGGAAAGCAUGGAGUAUUUCAUGGUACCAGCUCAGAAGGUGCCCUCCUUGCAACAUUUUAGGAAAACGGAAAAAGAAGUCAUAGGGGGCUUGUGUAGUUUAGCAAACAUCCCCCUCACACCAGAAACGGCACGGGACCAAGAACGACGCAUUCGCAGGGAGAUCGCCAACAGCAAUGAGCGCAGGCGCAUGCAGAGCAUCAAUGCUGGCUUCCAGUCCCUCAAAACACUCAUACCACAUAGUGAUGGAGAGAAGUUGAGCAAAGCUGCCAUCUUACAGCAGACUGCCGAAUAUAUCUUCUCUUUGGAGCAGGAAAAGACACGGCUACUGCAGCAAAACACGCAGCUUAAGCGCUUCAUCCAGGAGUUCAGUGGCUCAUCCCCAAAGAGAAGGCGUGCAGAGGAGAAGGAUGAAGGAAUAGGAUCUCCGGAUAUUCUGGAGGAGGAGAAGGUGGAGGACCUGCGGCGAGAAAUGAUUGAACUCCGGCAACAGCUGGAGAAAGAACGCUCAGUGCGCAUGAUGCUAGAGGAGCAGAUUCGCUCUCUGGAUGCCCACCUAUACCCUGAGAAACUGAAGGUGAUCGCCCAGCAGGUGCAGGAGCAGCAGGUGCAGACUCAGACUCUGCUUCGCCUGCAACAGCAGGAACAACUGGAGAGAGAGAGCACUCCUGCCCGCAGUACACAGGUAUAUUCUCCAGCCACACCAUCUGCCCCUACGCAUCACACCACUGUUAUUGUUCCUGCCCCAACGUUGCCACCUCCUCCCCAUCAUGUCACAGUGGUAACUAUGGGCCCUGCCUCUGUAAUCAACACAGCAUCGACAUCACGACAGAACUUGGACACCAUAGUGCAGGCUAUCCAGCACAUCGAGGGCACACAGGAGAAGAUGGGUGUGCCUGAGGAAGAGCAGCGUCGGGCAGUCAUCGUCACCCCGGGCCGUGUCUUAAAUGACACUGCGGACUCGGACACUGCCUCUGACAAUGAAGGUUCUGAGGACUGUUAACUGCACCAGGCAAACAGGGUGGCCAUAUGGAGUGGCCUCCUACAGACUCUUUUUCACUCCCUUUCAUUAUCUCUUUCUCAUAUAGGCUUACAAACCCAUAGGGUAGGAAAUGGUUUAGUCAAAGAUUCAAUGAACAAAAAAACACAACUAAAAAGCAAACUUACCAUCUCACCCAUACUUGGACUUGUACUCGCACUCUCAUACAGUGCACUAGACUAUUUUAUCACUCUGGCCCAUUAUGUGCAUCCAUCCAUACUUCCAGAACAGGCUUUCAGUUGCUAAAUAAAUAAAUAAAUCUUUUCCAUUCAUACAUGAUGUUGAAAUGAAUCAGGCUCAAACAACUGUCUCACAUAACUGUUCUUCUGCAUUCUCCCACUAUUCACUGCUUUUUUCUGGAAUGGACAGUUUCUUGGGCCUUUCUGUCUCUCACCCAUCCCUUCCUUUUUUUCCUGUAAAAUUCUCUAACUGGAGAAACUCUUACCUACCAACCCAUCCCUCUCACACCUAUGACUGUCUAAAGAAUCUUUUGAUUACUCCAAACAUCCCUCCGUUCUUCCUUCUGGCCUAGGGAGGCUUUAGAGCACCACUGUGAGCUUACCUAACUUCAGAAGCCAAAUGUACUCUUCAUUGGCUUUGAAUUUUUAGAGGAAAUGACAUGAGUACAGCCAUCAUGGGAAUCCAUUUAAGAUGCCUCUGGUCCCAGCAAUGCUCCACCUCAUGGAGCGCAAAGAUCAUCACUGCACUUUGUAAAAGUUCUUUUGGAGGGAGGGGACAGAAUGUGCACUUGGUGUCAUUCACACUCAGCUGGGCUGGGUUCCCAGUACAAUAAACUUAUGUAGGCAACGCAGCCCUACCACCACAUCAAACUCCCAGCUCUUUUAUGUUGUUCCUAAUGCUGGUCUAAUGUUUUUUGUCUAUUUUGUCCAUCAAAAUUGAAUAAGCUAACCAGUAGGUGCUCUGCAGAGAGAUGUAUUUCCCUUACGUGUGGUUCAGCUAGGAGGAUAUAUGCUGUGCUGGCAUCAGCUGGCUGCCUGAGGGUCAGUCUCUCAUCAAAAAAAAAAAAAAAAAAGGUGGCAGUAGUAUUUGCAGAUUUCUCAAAGCCCAUAAGCACUCUAUGCAGCUCCCUCAACAGCCAUCUGCUUGUGUAGCCCCUUUGGGGAAUUUAAAGAAGCAUGUCUGUCCUCAAGGAUGUUUUAUUCGAUUCUGUGACACUUGCUCUAUGCAUUCAGUGGUCUCUGCUUGCUGGCAUGUUUGUCUUUUGUUUUUACUUUUCAGUUCUUUUCUGUCUGUGUGUACAGCAAUGCCUGUGUACAUGGCAGAUAAUCUUCUGGAGCUUUAGCCCAUCUAAAUGGAGCUGUAUGGUUGCAUGGGCUCUCUGAUACAUCCCAAUGUAUGAAGAAGGAGGAGAAAAGGAGUGCAGACUGCAUGACAUCCUACCUAAGUGUGUAGAGAGAGGGCAGUGGUUUGCUUUAACUUCUGUUUUGGAGAAACAUUCUGAAGUUGACUUGCAGCUCAGAAGUAUUCAGAUUACCUGUCUUGUCCCAUCCAAUUUCUCCCCUCUCAUGGCACUAUGGCAUGAACAUGGGUUGUGAUUUCAGACAUUCCAGAAUGUCCUAGCACCAGGUCCAUGUUCAGUUUUCUCCUGGCUCUGCAAAUCGAUUAUGAUAUUUGUUUGAUUUAGGAACAGAUGUGACGAAUCUGUGUAUAAAUAUUACUGAAACAAAUUAUGCCUGCCCCAGUGUUACACGGAACCACUUGCUGCUUGACAUACUGCUUUUCCUUCAGGAUUUAUCAAAUGCUGUCAGCAUGUUGGCUUUCUCUGGCCCUCUCAGUCAGGCUUCAGUGUUGACUGCUGAGAAACAGGGCUUCUAAAAGAAUGGGCCCGUCAGAUAAUAGAUGGAGUUGAGAUAUAUCAAUAUAUAUACACAUAUUUUUUAAUUCGAGUGAUGGUCAGAUUGGGUUAUGAAGAGUUUUGUUUGUCUUUUCUUAAAAGUCAGGUUUUGUUUUCUUAUUUUUUCUUGCUGUAUUUCUGUAUGUAUAAAAGCUCAGUGGUUCCUCAAAACUCAGCAAUUUCUCUAUCAAAGCCACAGGGUGUCUCUGCUUUUUUUAUUCUACUUUAUACUUUCAAAUGUCUGUAAAAAUACUGUAAAAAAAGAAGACUGUGUCAGAGGAAUGUGUAUGUGAGGGUUUAACCAAUAGUGUAUAAAAUUAUGGAUAUAAAGCACUUAAUUUUUUUAAGAGAUGCCUCCUGAAUUGAAGCUCUUGGUGCUGUGAGUCCAAACCACGCAGCUGUUGAACCCUUCUUGACUCUUGGAAUGUCUCCGUCUCCGAAGUCUCUAGACUCGUCCCCUCUCUCUUCCCUCCCUCCCUCUUCAUGUGCCACCUUCCUUUUUUGUUGGACACUCUGUCCCAUUUGGAUGUUGAGAAGCUGUUAUAUUUUGUUCUCAUUUUUUUUUUAAAGAAAAAAAAAACUGGGGAAAAGAGGCAUGUGCCUUUGUAAAGACAGAAUAAUAAAGUUUGUACUUCGUUUUUUACAAGUUAA